GUGAGAUAUGGUAGGUUAGCUUAGUCUGUUUUGUGAUCUGUGUACGUGGUUGUAUCGUGUCGUUGUGUCGUUAAAUUCCUUCCGAUUUUGUCAGUUUCUUUUCCGCAAUUUCUUCCGGAUUAACAUUACAGAGCUGGGUAAUUGCAUAUUGCAAGAAACCAGUAGAAAAUGAAACAUGACCAAAACAGUUUUUUAGAAAUGAAAACUUAAAGAGAGAACGGAAUUUGCGAUUAUAAUGGAACCACCACUCACAAGCAAGAUUCUACGUGCCCCUAAUUUAAAAAGAGGCCAAGAAAAUAUUAGGAUACAAGAUAGAGUUAGGAUGAUUCAUAGGAGGUUCUAUAAAUACAUCAGCUCCAAAAACUGCACGAUGCAACUUUCUCAAAAGUAUAAACGUAGAGCAAUAAUUAACUAAAUUUUGAAAACUUGAAAAAGUGUCAAUUACGAAAGCAUGGUCUCAAGAACAAAGGGAAGGCGAAUCUUAUUUUGCAAAAACUACUACUACUACGCGACGCCACAAAGAAGAGCAUUUUAUUGAAUAUCAACAACUAGGUUACAUGACAGAAGUAGAUGAGCCGCUGAGUGUACCUUAUUGUUAUUAUUUACUUCAUCAUUAUAUGAGAAGAGCGGAAAGUCAGACCACUGAAACAAGAGUAGUGUUUGAAGCUUUCGCACUACAAGCGGAAAAUCACUAAACGAUAUUUUAAUGAGAGGACCUGUAAUACAAAAUGAUUUGUUUUCCAUUCUUAGGUUUAGAAAGUAUUCCUACAUUGUGUCUGCAGAUAUAACGAAGAUGUAUAGACAAGUUUUAAUAGAGGAGAAGCAACGAUCAUUACAAAGAAUACUAUGAAAAAAUCCUAAGGAAUCAAUUAAGGCAUUCGAAUUAAAUAUAGUAAUUUAUGGAACAUCUUGUGGAUCAUUCCUGACUAUUAGAUGUUUGUAUCAAUUGGAUGCUGAGUGCGAGCAAGAAAUCCGAGAUAGCCAAGAUCAAGUUAGAACGAGUGCUGGGUGUAACUGUAUCCAACAACGCAGCUCUUGAUUGCGACAUAAUUAGCGAGUUGGUUGCUUAUCCAGCUGGUUGCACUGUCGUUCUAUUUAAUCCACGGCGAAAUAGUCAAGCACAUGUUUUAAAUGCUUGCCGUAAGACUGUGACUUCAUUGGCACUCGCUGGGGACGGUAAAUUUUUGACCACAGGUGAAUGCGGUCAUAUGCCGAACGUCCGUGUAUGGGAUAUUUCUGAUCCGCAGAAUGCCGUGCAAAUCGCAGAAUUUCCAGGACACAAAUAUGGUAUUAACUGCGUGGUAAGUAAUGUUCGCGAUAACUUUUCAUUUUAUGUAUUUCAUUUUAUGUAUUCGUUUUAUAUAUUCGUUUUCCACUUUUAACUACUCGCAUCUUUCUUAUAUGUGUAAGAAAGAUAUUAAAAUUAUCUUUUCAAAAAAUAUAAAAAAACAUCAAGUCUAUGAUGUAUAAAAC